UUCAGACAGUACUUUCUACAGUAGCCUAACUCUGUCGCUCAAUUCACAAACUUUCUUGUAUAAUUGUACCAACCUUUGCUGUCGCUCAUUCACGCCUUUUUUUGUGUGCACGGUACUUGUGAACUUUGGACUGCAUUGAUCUAUGAUUACAGAAGGCAAAACAAAGUUUUUCAAAUACUAGAAAUCGAAACUGAGAGAAGCAACUUCGGGGAAAGGAUGAAUGAGUGAGUUUUGACAUCUACCCAGUGCCAUGGCCUCUGCCCUAAGCCAUCUCUCUCCAAUGUCUGUAAGAGUGAGAGAAGGAUGGAGUGAUGAUGGAAGAGGAGAGGAGCAGGUGGAGGAUGAAUUUGCGUGUUCUGGAGCGCUACGCGGUGCCCUGUGGUCCUUCCAUCCCUCAGUGGAGAGGAUUUUUGGGGUGUCUUUUACGAUCGGUAGAGAGGAGGAUGCUGUGUUACCCCAUGAUGGACAGAUCUGGCUCAAACUAAAAGGAGUGAGGAAGGACGCUGUGGCUGCCAAAUUGUUUGUGAAGGGAGUUGUGAACCAGGAGGCCCAGCACGAGGUUCCAUAUCCAGGUGUCCUUCACUGUGUGUUCUGUGGAGCACGAGGGCUGUUCAUGGAGUGCCUGAUCAGAAACACCUCUGCUUACAUACUGGUGGGUUCCCCAGGCUUCCUGCUCAUCUCAGGACUGGCAGAACCAGUGGUCAGGGCCUAUUCCCUCAUCACAGACCUGGUGAAGAACUACGAGGUCACCCAGGGACGAAGAACCGAGCCUGGCGACAGAGGAUCAGGCGAGACCCUAGAUUCCCGUCGGGCCUUCAAAUCCCUGGUGGAGAGAUGGGAGGACAGGCACACUCUGGAUCUGCUGGUGCUACCAGGGGUGGUGAAGGAGACUCUACUGGAUCUGGUGAGGGAGUCUGGGCUGGGAUCCAACCCCGGUCCUGGGGGCUCGAACCUCAGUCUUGGGGGGUCUAGAGACAGAGUGGGUCUAAUGGACACUGAUAGCCAGAGACGAUGGGACAGCCAGUCAGGCUUGGACAUACUAACACUUAUGGAUACCAGAGUAGGGACCAGAGCUGGAGAGGCUAGGGACAUAGAGGGAAUGCAGGGGAUUUCCACAUCAAGGAGAAAACCUCCUGUAAAUUCCACCCACAACCAAGACCCUGGUCUACGGAAUAUUGGGCAGCUUUCUCAACAAAAGACGUUCACUACCUUACAUGUACAAGAAAGAGAGAUGGGCAAAGAUUGGUCACAGGGAGGGAUAGAGAAAGACGCAGCAUCUCGACUUCCCAUCUUCCACUCUAUCCUCCAAACCGAGGAGGAGGGGCAAGGACGUUCCCAACCGGAGGUAGAGGAUGAGGAACAGGGGGAGGAAGGAGAGGGAGAGAUGUUGUCAGUAGGGAGUAGGGAGGAGUUUGGGCUCUUGCUGAAGUUCUUCACGGCUAUGGGCUAUGCAGAAGAUGUGGUAAUGAGGGUCCUGGCCCGGACCGGACCCAGAGAAGCCUCCCAGAUUCUGGACCUGGUCCAGCAAGAACAUGACCAGACCGGUCUGGCCAUGAACCGCCCAGUGGAGAUGGAGCACACAGAGGUGGAGGGGAGGGAAGGUAAAGGAGUGAGAGGAAAGAGAAGCGGUAUAGAUGGAGGGAUGGGAGUGGAGCUGGAGGGAGGUGUGGAAGGGGCGAGGAGUAGAGAGGAGGGGAGAAAAGGCAGGGAGAGUGGAGGGUCUACCGCUAACCUGUCUGAGGAUUCACUGAAGGAAGGCAGGGAGAGGGGCGAGGGCGGCAUGGAGGGAGGCGAAGGGUGGAACGAGGAGGAUUUUGUCCUGGGAGUUGUGAAGAGGGCUGCCGCCAGUUGUGGAUACACAGAGGAGAAGGUAGCAGAAGUGUACAGUAUGUUACCUGAACUGUCCACACGCCAGCUACUCCUGGAGCUACAGAGGGAGGGAGCCAGAGAGACAGAAGCUGCUUCCCAGGACCAGGUACGAGACGAACCAAGAGAGGUGGAUGAGGUUGUCUCAGAGCUACAGAGAAAGGACAGAGCAGGAGACAGGAAGGAGGAGAGAGGUAAAGAGAUGGAGGCACCAGCACCGCAGUCAACUGCUACUGAGAAGAGAGGAGAAGAAAGAAAGAGUGUGAAAGGAAAGAGUGACAGGAAGACCAAUGAGGUAGGAGUGACCGCACGGAACCGAAUCGUCGAUGGUACAGUUAAGGUUGAACCCGAUCUGGCUCAAUGGAAUGCCAUGACAAACCAGAUUCCGUUCCCGAUUCACAGUCACCAGAAGAAUCCCACACAGACACACACCGCCCAUCGAGCCAGCCCCCCUUUAGUCAGAGGGCCGCCUCAGCCCACCUACCCCAACACACUACCCCCACAACCCACCUACCCCAACACACUAUCCCCACAACCCACCCACCCCAGCACAUUACUCGCACAACCCACCUACCCUCUCUUAUUUCCCCAUCAACUCGUUUACCCUCCCACCCAGCCACCCCAGACCACCUUACCCCUCACCCUUACCAUGAAUAACUCCUCAGCAACCAGAGCGAAGGAGAAACGUGGUCUCUUUCCCUUAGCAGUAGAGGGAAGGGAUCUCUCAGCCCUAACAGCGGUGGCUGUUGAUAGACGAGGUCUUCCGACCAUGGCAGCGGGGGCUGUGGUGACAGGGCAACAGCGCUUCAUGGAAGGCCUCCAGACUCCAUUUGACCUCAAGCUGACCGACCAACCAGGAGACCCGGGACUCAGGAUGGUCAUUAUCGAUGGGAGCAACGUUGCCAUGAGUCACGGGCUGGGCCAUUUCUUUUCAUGCCGAGGCAUCGCCCUGGCCGUGCAACACUUCUGGAACCGCGGGCAUCGCAGAAUCAGUACCUUCCUGCCCCAGUGGAGGCAGAAGAGAGACUACCGGGGCAAAGAGCAGCACUACCUUAGUGAGCUCCAGAACCUGGGUCUGCUCUCCUACACCCCCUCCAGAGAAGUCCAAGGGAAGAGGAUCAACUCAUACGACGACAGGUUCAUGCUGCAGCUGGCCCAGAAGACGGAUGGAGUGAUCGUGACAAACGACAACCUCAGAGACCUGCUGGAUGAGUCUCAUGUAUGGAGAGAAAUCAUCAAGAAAAGACUCCUCCAAUACACGUUUGUGGGGGAUCACUUUAUGGUACCGGAUGAUCCGCUGGGCCGAGGAGGACCCCACCUAGAUGACUUCCUACACUCCCAGCACAGGCCUCCUGUACCAGGCAGUCACUCAUUUGCAGGCGUGGCAUCCUCCUUCCACUCUCCCCAAGCUCCAAGGGCCCAGACAGAGGUCCUUCAUUUCCGUGACUGGACACCAGGGAUCGUUGUGGAGCCAGAGCCCAGCCAGGCCAGGGGGAAUGGCCAGGCUAGGGCUGGACGCGGUGUCACAGGGAUGGGCCUUGGUCUGGGGCUGGGGGUGAAGAGGAGUGCAGAAGAGACCUCCAGGCUUAGGGAGAGCCUAUCCCAGGUGUUCCCAGGACAGGAUAGCAUGGUUACUCUGGUGCUGCAGUGUAAUCCUACAGUGACUGACAUCAAUUCACUGUCACACUUUAUACUGGAGCAGGGGGGUGUAGACUGAGAGUAGUGUGUGUGUGUGUGUGUGUGUGUGUGUGUGUGUGUGUGUGUGUGUGUGUGUGUGUGUGUGUGUGUGUGUGUGUG